GGGCUGAUGGUUAUCUGACGCAAAGGCAACAGGUUGUCCAUAGGGAAUUUUCCUUGCUGUCAAUAUUGGAGGUAAACUAAUCGUACUUCUAAUUUCGUAAUUAUUGGGAGUAUAUUAUUGCGACAUUAAGGACAUUAAAAAGACCUUCUAUACCUCCGAGUGGCGACUUUUGCCGUCGGAAUUUACUGGUAAUCUCACAGGAAGUAGGCAUGAGCUCCCUCAGCGCUGACAGGAAGCCCCCUCUGGACUACGGCGUCCAAAUCCGCUUCAUCAAAGAUCUGGACGACACAGGCGGGGGCUACGGCGAACGUGGCAGGGCCAAUGGCGUCGGUGGAGGAGGGGGGGCAGGCGCGGCCGUCACCCCUCCCUCGUCGCGGUACGGCGUGGCGGUGCGCGUGCAGGGCAUCUCCGGUCAGCCCUACGUGGUGCUGAAGGACGGGGAGAAGGGCGACUCGUACGGUGUGCAGCUCAAGAGCCACCCCCAGGCCCUGAGCCCCGUGCCCCCGGGUGUUGCCGUUAGCGACCGGGGGUCGUCGUCCAGCCGCAGCUCCCUGCUGCCCAGCCUGCCCAGCCUCUCCAGCCCGCGGCCGUCGCCGGACCCCCGGUCGCUAACGGCAACGCCCAGCUCCCCGGAGGAGGAGCCCGUGGGCAGGUUCGGGAGCCCGUCCAGACGGCCUCCCGGAGACGGGCAGGCGGUGGGCCAGGGCGAGGCCGAGGAGCGGACGGUGGAGAUCCCGCUGCGCCCUGCUGCGGCGGCACCGCGGCGGCCUCCGGCGAUGACCAAUGGGGUGGAGAGUAAAAGCCUCGAAGGGCUGACUGAUGGCGGGCUUAAGAAGGUGGGGCUGAAGGGGAUUGGACGAGAGGAACGGGAUUCCUUCCCAGAGCCGCCUCCCCCCGUGACCUUUGAGGAGGAGCCGGUGCAGGCCAUUGACACCAAGUCGUUGGCCCCCAUCAACAAACUCAUCAACAGAUUCAACAGCCCCGCUACCGAGCCGCCCUCCACGCCGCCCGCUCUUGCGGCCAGCCAGACUCAGCCCCGAGGGCGCUCCAGCGCCAGGGCACGGCUCCGCUUCGACGAGAGGCGGCGCUCACGUAGCCUGGACUCUCGGAAAGACCUGGCCGAAGACAGCAGCCCCCGGAAGUCCCCGUCCCCGACCUUUAACCCCUACGGCCCCUCCGUUGUCUCCUCCUCUUCCUCGUCCUUUCUUGCCUCCAACCCGCCCUACAGUAGCCUGGGCCGCAAGUCCGCCACGGUUGCCAAGGCAACACCUGUCUCUGCCCCCAAACCAGUGCCCUUCUCUCAGCCUCCAAGGAAACCGCCGGUGGUUCCAAAAAAGCCAAUGACCCCUGACCUCCUGCGGAACCGGAGUCAGAGUCUGGAGCUGACCAAUGGCGAGGAGUUGGACAGCAAGCAGACCAUCCUCAGCAUCCUUAAAGAGGGCUCCACGGAGAGCGAGGCGUCCCUGAAGCACAAAGCUGCCCUGAUCCAGGAGAGGCUGGCUGGGGUCAAGAAUUCCAAUGUGGAUGCUGAACUGGAGAACAAACGUCUCAAGCAGCAACUGCAGCAAAGCCAGAAAGACCUUCAGCAGGCCAAUAAGCAAUUGGCUGUCGUGAGGAGGGAACAGGAAGGGGCAGAGUCUCGGCUGCAGCAGCAGGAGGACCAGCUGGCUCACUUGCAGGAGGAGCUGAGAGGAGUCUCCGAAAACACACCUCACACGGAGACGCUUCAGAUGGAGUUAGCGUCGGUGCAGGCAGAGCUGUCCGAGGCAGCCCUGCAGCGGCAGCGUCUGGAGGAGUCGCUACGGCAACGGGAGCGUGAGCUGACCGCCCUGAAGGGUGCGCUGAAGGACGAGGUGGCCUCUCACGACCACGAGAUGGAGGCCCUCAAGGAGCAGUACAGCCAGGACCUGGACACACUACGCCAGAGCAUGGAGAACGUGUCUCAGACCCAGCAGGAGAUGGAGGAUGAGAGGGAGCGGGUGAACAGCUCAGUCAUGGCUCUGGAGGAGGAGCUGGAGGGCAGCAAGACCAAGGAGCAGCACUGGAGGACGCAGCUGCACUCCACCUCACAGGAAGGGGUUGUUCAGCGCAGAGUGCCUAGAACACUGCAUAAGGUGCAGGAGGAGAAGAAGGAGCUGGAGGAUCGGCUGAAACAGAUGUCCGUGUCAGAGGAGAAGAACGCUCUGCUGCAGGAGCUGCAGAGCUGCCGUGACGACCUGAAGCGCGCUCAAGCAGAGCUGGACCAGCAGAGGGCGGAGUCGGUGAAGAAAGGGGACGAGCUUAAGGCUGCCAGGGCGUCCAGUGAGGAGCGGGAGGAGAAGUUGAAAGCUGAGAUUGACAGCUGGAAAGAGCAAUCACAGAAGAACCUGGACGAGCUGGAAAAGGCACUAGAGAAGGCCAAGCAGGCCCCAGUCAGCUCCUCCCCAGACCUGGGCACAAACCUGGAGCUGCAGGAGGCCAACACGCGCCUGCGAGAAAGACUGGCCCGCAUGUCGCGUCUCCACUCCAGCUCGGGUGGCAGCUCAGAGGCAGAGCAGGCCCUGGAGGAGGAGAACCGGGCCCUGCGCGGCCAGCUGGACGAGGCCCGGCGAGGAGCCUCUCGGCUGGGGCAGGAGCGGGACGAGCUCAGCCGGAGGCUGGAGGAGCGCGAGCGCGAGAGGGAGGCGCUGCGCAGGGGCAAGAGCGACCUGGAGGAGCAGAAGAGGCUGCUGGACCGCGCCCUGGAGAAGAUCAACAAGGAGAUGGAGCUGAUGAUGGGGGACUCGCGCCAGUCGGUGCAGACGCUGCAGGCUCAGCUGGACGAGUUCAGGGAUCGCUCGCGGAGAGACCUGCAGGACGCACAGCGCCUCAGCAAGGACCGACUGACAGAGCUGCAGAGAGUGCAGGCCUCCAACAAGACCUACAGGAGGAGGUGAGACA